CUCUGCGGACCGAGGCCGCCGCCACCGCCGCCGCCCCGGAGCCCCGCGACGCCGCCCCGGAGCCCCCGCGACGACGACGACGACGACGCCGCGGGCAGGGAUGCGAUGACCACGUCCGCCUUGCAGAAAGCCAUUGACUUGGUCACCAAAGCCACCGAGGAGGACAAAGCGGGCAGCUACGAGGAAGCGCUGCGCCUGUACCAGCAUGCGGUGGAGUACUUCUUGCACGCCAUCAAGUAUGAUGCGCACAGUGACAAGGCCAAAGAGAGCAUCCGGGCAAAGUGUGCCCAGUACCUGGACCGGGCCGAGAAGCUGAAGGACUAUUUGCGGAACAAGAGCAAACAGAGCAAGAAGCCGGUCAAGGAGGCCCAGAAUGACAGCAAGGGCAGCGACAGCGACAGUGAGGGCGAGAACCCGGAGAAGAAGAAGCUGCAAGAGCAGCUGAUGGGUGCCAUCGUGAUGGAGAAGCCCAACGUGCGAUGGAGUGACGUAGCUGGCCUGGAGGGGGCCAAGGAGGCCCUGAAGGAAGCUGUCAUCCUGCCCAUCAAAUUCCCUCACCUGUUUACAGGCAAGCGCACACCCUGGCGUGGAAUCCUCCUCUUCGGCCCCCCAGGAACCGGGAAGUCCUUCCUGGCCAAAGCAGUGGCCACCGAGGCCAGCAACUCCACCUUCUUCUCCAUCUCAUCUUCAGACCUGGUGUCCAAGUGGCUGGGGGAGAGUGAAAAGCUAGUGAAGAACCUCUUUGAGUUGGCCAGGCAGCACAAGCCGUCCAUCAUUUUCAUCGAUGAGGUGGACUCUCUGUGUGGCUCCCGCAAUGAGAACGAGAGCGAAGCUGCUCGCAGGAUCAAAACAGAAUUCCUGGUGCAAAUGCAGGGUGUUGGGAAUAAUAACGAUGGCACUUUGGUCUUGGGCGCCACCAAUAUUCCCUGGGUACUGGAUGCUGCCAUUCGGAGAAGGUUUGAGAAGCGCAUUUACAUCCCGCUUCCAGAGGAGCUGGCUCGUGCCCAGAUGUUUAAGCUACACCUGGGCAACACCCCCCACAGCCUGACUGAAGCUGACAUUCACGAGCUGGCCCAAAAGACCGAUGGCUACUCGGGGGCUGACAUCAGCAUCAUUGUGCGGGAUGCCCUGAUGCAGCCUGUCCGCAAAGUGCAGUCAGCCACGCACUUUAAAAAGGUUCAUGGACCUUCUCGCGCCAAUCCUGGUGUGCUGGUAGAUGACCUGCUGACUCCGUGUUCACCAGGGGAUCCUGGGGCCCUUGAGAUGACCUGGAUGGAGGUGCCUGGAGAUAAACUUCUGGAGCCGCUGGUCUGCAUGUCAGAUAUGUUGCGCUCGCUGGCCACCACCCGCCCCACGGUCAAUGCGGAAGACCUCCUCAAGGUGAAGAAGUUCACAGAAGACUUUGGCCAAGAGGGUUAAUGCUGUACCCGUGGGGCGCCCCAUUGUUAGAUGGGAGCAGCCAAGGGCCCAUUUUCCUGGCCCUGCGCGGAAGCGACCAGGAGCUGCUGGAGGACUCUGCCAGGCAGAAGCUUUGUUCUCCAUCUGCCUGCGCUGGAGCCUCUCUGGUUGGGGAUGGAAAGGGAUCCACUGGGGCUACCAAGGGACAAGAGCAAGCCUGGCUUGGACUGCCUUGUUUUUAUCCCCGUCAAAUACCCCAUCUCUUUCCUGGGUUUUUUCUUUGAUUUCCCAUGCUUAGUUUCUCUUAUCAAAAAUAAAAGCAGCCCAACUCCCUUCUGCUCCCAGCCAUUUCCUCAGCCCUCCCCGCCACCCAGUGAGUCCACUUCUGCUCCUCCAA